AUGGCCUCGCAAGAAGAAUUCGAGAGGGCCGCCAAGUACGUUCAGACCUCUGGAAAAGACAGCGGACUGAACCCGACGAACGACCAGAAGCUGGAGUUCUACAAGUACUACAAGCAGGCGACUGUAGGCGACUGCAAUGAGCCGGCUCCAGGCCUGUUUGCUUUCGAGGCGAAGUUGAAACACGGCGCCUGGAUGUCUGUCAAAGGCAUGUCUAAAGAUGAAGCGAUGAAGAAGUACGUGGAAGCUUUAGAUAGAAUUCAGCCCGCGUGGCGCGAGAAGAGCGCGUAG